AUGCUGGCUGCAGGAUGUUAUCAAACAGCGUGGAUUGUGUUGAUAGUUUUGAUAGUAGAGAUCCGUGGGGAAUCAAAGUUUGAGAAAGAAUUGAAAGUUACCUUGGAUACAACAGAUGUAAAGGCUUCUCCUUUCUAUAAAGACAAAGUUCUCUCGCUUCCGAUUUCAAAAAAGUCUGGUACCGAACUAUGGCAGCGCUGGACGGAUCAAGCGUUUUCAGGACUCAUUUCAGCUAUUUCUACUAGAAGACUGCGUCUAGUUGAAGAAUAUAGCCAAAAGAAGCAUGAAAAGUGUUCUUCGAAUGCUCAUGAUAUCAAGAGUCAUGCAAAAUGUCUGGUUUCUUUGGAAGAAGAUGUGUUGUCAAAUCGAUUGCUCAAGAGGAAGAAAUAUUUUGAUAAAAAAGCCCGAAAAGCAUCUAAAAAGAAUCUGAACCAAGAUUCCAGACAAUCGGAAAAGCUUUGGAAGUUGAAGAGUAUGGAAAACUAUAAAUCCGCUAAAAUCAUAAGAACCCACAGAAAUAUGAGGAAGGUUGAGAUUGAAAAACCACAAGACCGUAACUGGAUUGGAUCUUUCAAAACUGUCCGCUCAAAGCGAUCAACGAAAGUUAGAAAUGCAGAAAGCUAUGUGCUUAAAUCGGAUUACGAUAAAUCCCCAUUUGCGAUAAUCACAAAACACUUAUCCAACUCUGUAAAAUCUCUAAAGAAAAAGGAAAAGCUGUCGAAAUGGCAAGAAAUAAUUGAAAGAAUCCAACGAAAAAGUGGCUUAUUGAAGAAAAGAAAGCAGGCUGAGAAUAUGUACAGAAAAAGGAUUCGAAGAUACUCUGAUAUCGAAAAAGACAUUGAAGACGAGGAGCUGAAAGAAAUGAUCCAUCGAAAAUCAUCUAAUAUGAUAGAAGAAGAGAAAAUGUUUAUGGUUCCGAUUGAUUUGAUCCGUCAAGUAGCAAAGAUCGGAUUGGGACUCGCUGGACAAAAUACCACUGAUAUGGAUAAGAAGACUGUGAAAUUGCUCAGUCCAAGAUUCAUGAGUAUAUUGUCUGAUAGUAAAAAGGAUGAGCAAAAUAAAACUAUUGACAUCCUCUCUCCGUCCCUAUUCUCUCUUCAUGAUUCUGGAACCGAAAUUGAAAAGAAGACGUCGUUGAAAUCUAUUCUAGCAGCUGCUGGAGGUUCAACAGAUUCUCAGAAUCUUUUAGAUUUCUUAGUUGAAGCCACCGGAGUAGCUGAAGCUGUGGAAGAUGCCGAACAGAAAAUGAUAGAUGCACAACGGAAGAAGGAUGAUGCAAUAGGAAGAGGACCAGAUGGACAACCAUUGUAUUUCACUAAAGAGAAUAUCACAGAGAGAUUCCCAUCGGAAGCGAAAAAGAUUGAAUUAUUCGAGGAAUUGGAUAAAACCUAUUCAAUUGAACAGUUGAAAGAUAUGAAUCAAACUGGAUACACGGUACUGAAUCCAAAACAAAUGCAGAUGAUGUAUGGAAAGAAGUCGCCUUUUAAGAAUUCAAGACUUUUGAGAGCAUACAAAAAUAUGACGACAGCUGAGAUUCACCUAGCAAUCCAUAGAACUAUUAAGGAUGUGGCUGAUGAAAAAUUAAAAUUCGAGGUUCGUCAAAAAGACAUUGUCCUAUCUCCAGUAGUUAAUACAGCUCUGAUAAACGACCCCAAAACAGCUUCCCAAGCUCUUAUCCUCUCUCCAGCUGUCAUGGUUGCUCUUGUCAACUCUCCUGCUGUUUUUGGAUCCGUCAUCCUAUCACCUUGGCUAUUUGUUCCUCUUAUACUGUCCCCUCGUAUUUUAAGCCCGGUUAUCCUAGAUCCAUUCAUGUUCGUACCUAUCAUUCUAUCACCUGUGGUACUUGAUCCAGUAGUACUGUCACCUGGAGUAUUCAAUCCCUUCGUUCUGUCCCCUCUGGUAAUGUGUCCUUUUGUUCUAUCUCCUCAAGUCAUGACUCCUCUAAUUCUUUCCCCAUUUGCUCUAACUCCUCUUAUUCUGAAUCCAUUGGCUUUGUCUCCUAUCAUUUUAUCACCUUUCGUUCUAUCACCUCAAGUAUUAUCACCACAAUAUAUCUCGGGACUGUUCUUGUCUCCAUAUGCAUUGUCUCCAGCAAUUGAGUCAACCGGAGCAAUGUUUACAGUUUUCGCAUCGCCAAGUUGGCUCAGCUAG